AUGGCGCCCAGCCGCAAAGGCACCGGCGACACCUGGCUCUGGCUGCGCCAUCUGGCCUUGGGCGUUUGCAUCUCCCUGUUCUUGGCUGAGGUGACUGGCGUGGCAUUGCUGUCCGACUGGAUGCUCCUGCAUCGUGUCCUGAACUCCACGCCAGCCUCCGCCUACUUCUUCUUGAUACUUUCGCUCCUUCCUGCGCCGUUGACACUGUGUGUGGUGCGCACCUUGGCAGUGGCUGCCGUCUGCUUCGUCGUGCUCGCGCAGCUUCUGGAUGGCGCCGACCUCCCGCAGCUGCCUUCGGGGCCUGUCUCGCCCGGCUGCCGCGCUGACGGCAGCGGCUAUGCCCUGGUCACCGGUGCUUCUUCCGGCAUUGGGCAGGACAUCGCCAAAGAGCUGCUGAAUCUCACCUCUUGCAACCUUGUUCUUGUUGCAAGACGCAAAGACCGCUUGCAGCGUUUCGCUGCGGCGCACAGCACGGCGCGCCGAGCUGUUGAGGUGGUGAGUAUGGAUCUGGCGCAGGAAGGUGCAGCACAGGAGCUCCACAACAUUCUUGCGGCGUCUGAGCUUGCUGAGAAGAUCGAUGUCCUAGUGCUCAAUGCAGGGGCGGCCCUGCCGGGUUCCUUCGUCGACGCCGACAUGGACGCGCUGACGAGCUCCGUGCAGCUGAACAUGGUGUCGCCCAUGCAGCUGGCCAGACUGGUGGGCAAGGACAUGCAGGUGCGCAGUCAGCUUGACGUUCAAGAGCACCAGCGCCACAAGAAGAUUGGGCAUAUUGUGCUGGUGUCGUCCAUCGUGUCGAUGUCACCUGGCACUCCUCACGUGGCUGUGUAUGGGGCAAGCAAGGCGUUCCUUACCUCAUUGGGGCGCUCUCUGCAUCACGAGUUGGCACCGGCAGGAAUUGGUGUCACUGUGUCCAUGCCGGGGGCAACAUCCACGGAGUUCAGCUCGGUGAUGGGUGAGGAGCCAUCUUUAAUCUUCAGGAUCCCCACCAUGGUGAGCCCGAGUCAGCAAGUUGCACGCGAAACGGUGCUGGCUAUGCUGCGGCAGGAUGGUGAGCAUGUGGUCGGCUACAACAAUUGGCUCUACGUCGCUGUUGGGCCGCUUCUACCUACAUCGGUGGCGCGGCACGUCAGCGAGCUUGCGUUCCGACCGGUCUCGCACGCGCAGGACUUGCUCGGACGAGUUGCGCAGUUCGCCGCAUCGCCGCUCUGGGAUCUGGACCUCCUCCUCCUCACGGAGCCCGAAAACAUCUUCUACCUCACGGGGUACCAAACUGUGGGGGAACCCCAGGAAGUGACCAACGCCACCUGCCGGAGCAACUUGAGCCAGCAGAAUCUUCACGUCUACGCAGAUUACGAGAGUGGCAUGGACAAGGCGCGGCUUCUGGGGUGGAAGCUCUGCGACGCCUCGCCGCUGGUGCCUGGGCUCCGGCUGGUGAAGAGCGCGGCGGAGCUGGCGGUGCUGCGGCGCGCGGCCCGGGUUUGCGCCGCCGGCGAAUAUCCUGCCUACCCGCCUUUCGUUUGUGCUGGGCAGAAUGGCUGUUUGGGCCACUACACGGGCUCGCACAGUAGCCGGCUACGAGAAGGCGAGGUUCUCUUCCUGGAGGUCGGAGGAUGCUUCGAGCGCUACCACGCAGCGAUGAUGCGAACUUGCUAUGUGGGCACCAAGCUGCCCGACAUCUUGGCAAAAGCCGAGGCAUUGGUUGCAAAGGCCAUGGAGGCGGCUAUGACUGACAUGAAGCCAGGGGUCUCCGCAAGGGAGGUGGAUGCCAAAGCCCGGGCAACUUUGGAAGGCCUCGCGCCCGCGGGAACGAUGUCGCUGCGGUCGGGCUAUUCGAUCGGCAUCGGCUUCUACACUGACUGGGGGGAAGCGGAGUUCUUUAAGAUGGAUCCUGGCUCCGAGCAGAAACUGCAGGAAAACAUGGUCAUCCACCUGAUUCCGCAGCUCCGUGGCUUCAAGUUCAAGGGUAUGGCGGAGUCGGACUCAGAGGCUGAUCUUCCUCGAAAGAUCCACCUCAUCCCACCUCCGGCCGAGCGAGCCUUUGGUCCGGAACAGGCCACGCCGCUCGUGAAAGUCUCCGACUCCUUCCCGGGCGUGGUGGAUGUCUACGUGAAAGACGAGCUCCUUGGGGGCGCUUCCGUGAUCCAGAAGCUCUACCAAGAGCGCUUUGGUGUGACCACCUUCGUGACUGCUACGGAUGGCAACCACGGCCGUGGCGUUGCCUGGGCGGCGAGGAUCACUGACAUGAACUACGACAGCACCGUGGAGCUCGCUUUCCAGCAGGGAAGGGAGAAGGGAUGGAUUGUCCUGCAAGACACGACCGCACCAGGCUACACCGAGAUUCCCGAAUGGAUUAUGCAGGGCUAUACGGCCAUGGUGGACGAGUCGUUGGAAUCCAUGCCGAAGCCCAGCCAUAUGGGUGUGGGCUCCAUGGCCGCUGCCGUCGUAGGCUACUUCGCAGCCCGCUACAGAGAAGACUGCCCCACCUUCUUGGUCAUCGAGCCCUGGAACGCAGCGUGCGGCUUUGCCUCCGCACAGGCCGGGGAGAUGCGGAGCGUCGAUGGCGACCUGGAGACCAUGGUGGGCCUGGGGCCCGACAGCGUCGUGCUCCUGAUCAACACCGAAGGCGCCACAGACCCUGAAAACUAUGAGCUACAACUCACCCUGCCCGACGUCAAUGGCCCUGAGCUACUGGAGGCCGUCCUCGGCAACACGCAAAAGGCGUGCGCCCGCGGUGUGGGCGGUCCUGGGAACUGCCGGGACGGCACGACCAGGAUGAGCCAGCCACUGAAGCAGAUCCAGCGGACAGCGACGGUCGCCUGGUGCCCUGCUGAGGCCGCCCCCACGCUGCUGGCGCUGGGCAGCAGCGCGCACUCGGCGGCCUCAGCCCUGGGCGGCGCCUCUGGGUCGGAUGCCAGCCUGGAGUUCGUGUCCUUCGAUGCCGGCAGGAGCGGUGCGGACAUGGAGGUGCAGGCCGCCGUGCGCACUGAAGGCGGCCGGCGCUUCUCCACCAUCUCUUGGGGGAAGCUGGGUAUCGACGGGGCGUGUCCCUAUGGCCUGCUGGCUGGCGGCCUGCAGGAUGGCGUGGUCUCCUUGUGGAAUCCGCAUUCGAUCCUCAGCUCCAACGGCCAGGACUCAGGCCUGGUCCACUCGCAGCCGGUGCACAAAGGUGAGGUCCACUGCGUCGAGUUCCACCCGCUGAAGUCGAAUCUCAUGGCCACCUGCGGCUCGGACUCCGAGGUGAAGAUCGUGAACGUCGAGAACCCCUCCGCGCCCAGCAUCUUCGAGCCCUCCAACACCAACAAGCACCAGGGCUCUGAGGUCCUGUGCUGCGCCUGGAACCGCAUCGUCCCGCACAUCCUCUGCUCCUGCUCCAACACCGGCGCCACGGUGGUCUGGGACUUGAAGCAGAAGAAGGAGGUCAUCACCUUUCAAGACCCAGCUGGCCGCCUCCGAUGCGCCAGCGUAGCCUGGCACCCCGAGGUGCCCACACAGCUGCUGCUCUGCUACGAUGACGACCGGCAGCCAUCGAUCCAGAUGUGGGACUUGCGGAACUGCCAGUACCCCUUCAAGGAGACGGCGCCACACACCAAGGGCGUCCUGGGUGUGGCCUGGAACCAGCGCCACGGCACGCAACAGAUGGACCCCAACCUCAUCCUCUCCUGCGGAAAGGACAACCGCCUCAUCUGCACCUCCAUCGCCUCCGGAAGCCCGGAGACCUGGUGCGACCUCUCCGCGCAGCAGAACAGCUUCGAGGUGCAGUGGGCGCCCCACAAGCCCUCGCUGUUCUCGGCCGCGUCGUACAACGGCACGGAUGCCGCCUCAGCGAAGAUUGCACAGGUGAACAUCUACUCGGUGCAGCAGCAGCAGAGCAGCGGCAACCGCUACUGCCCACGCUGGUACAGGAAGUCCUGCGGCGCCUGCUUCGGUUUUGGAGGCAAGCUGCUCUCAUUCGGCGCCAAGGCGCCCUGA